AUGUUGUGCGACGUCGGCGUGAGCAGCAGGCGAUGGGUGAGAAAAGGGCAACAACCGCAUCUGCCGGCGCCAGCCUCCGCACGCACCAAUAUUGCGAAGGAGGCUAUAUGCACACAUAUGGACGUUGCAUAUGUAACAGGAGGGGUGGGAAGGGAAAAGGCUGAAGCGAAUAUGCAGGUUGAUUCCUUGGUGCGGACCUUGUGCCCGACGGGAGCACCAAAGCACAAAAGCAGCACUACGGCGCGGCCCGAGAAAAAGAGGAGAGCGGAGAGGUGGACCCGCAUUCGUUUGAUCUGA